CACGGAUAAUAGAUAUCAAUUAUCCGUGGUCUGUGUUUACAUGAUACAACGCUUAGAUCACAUUGUAUUUGUAUAUGAUCUAAGAUACAACGUGUGGGAAGCUGCGUGUAAAUGUGUAAACUGUAAAGUGUUGAUAACCCCAAGCUGCAGCUGGUAGUGYACUAUAAUUUUUAAUAUUAUCACUAUAUAAUAUUAUAUUUUAGUACCUGAUUUUGGUUAAUGGUUAAUACAAUAAUACUUAAAAUGUAUUGCCGUAUUGGUAAUUCAAACCACAGAUGUAAUCUGUGAUUCAAACUAUAUAGUAUAGUGGUUACUGAUUGGUACAUUGAAUUUCUUGAAUCUCGAAAUCUUGAUUGUUUUUCACGCCGGUUUGAAAUUUUCUACCGUAGAACUGGCAUACUCGCAUACUAUCAAUUGCUCGUAACUCGUGGGAAAAUCGACUGGCCAAAUUGGACAAGUGACGGCGGUUAGUGAACAGCGAACGAUGGACUCUUUCGACAUAUUUAAAAAGCUGUCAGUAGGAGCAAAAUUCAAAAAACCAGAAAAGAUUGCGAUCAACCACGAGGAUGAUAAAUCUAGCGCAAAACAGGUUAAAGUCAAAACGGUUGGUGAUCGUGUUCCUGAAGCGCUUUCAACUUUUGACAUGAUGAAAAAAGCUUAUUCUUUGAGUCCAAUUUUGAUGGAAAAUCUYAUUAAGUCUGGUUACACUGUGCCAACGCCAAUUCAGACUCAGGCUAUACCAGUUAUGUUGCAGAAAAGGCAAAUAUUUGCUUGUGCUCCAACUGGUUCUGGUAAAACUGCCGCAUUCUUAGUACCUAUAAUUCAUCAUUUAAAUAAACCAUUAAAUAAAGGAUUCAGAGCCUUAAUUGUGAGUCCUACAAGAGAGUUAGCAAAACAAACAUUAAGGUAUUUAUUGCAUAGGAACACUACAACCACUACAGUUGAACAGGAUCUGGUGUUUGUUGGAAACGAAGAAGGAAAAUUAAUUGCAAUGAGAGAUUUAGUGAAAAAAGGUCUAUCACCUCCAGUAUUGAUUUUUUUACAAUCUAAAGAGCGUGCAAAAGAGCUAUUUAGUGAACUAAUUUAUGAUGGAAUUAAUGUAGAUGUUAUACAUGCUGAUAGAACUCAACAACAAAGAGACAAUACUGUAAAGGCCUUUCGUGAAGGAAAAAUAUGGGUUUUAAUUUGUACAGAACUUAUGGGCCGAGGUAUUGAUUUCAAAGGUGUAAAUUUAGUAAUAAAUUAUGACUUUCCAUCUUCAGCCAUCUCAUAUAUUCAUAGAAUUGGUAGGACAGGACGAGCAGGACGUUCUGGUAAGGCUGUUACAUUUUUUACAAACGAUGACAAACCAAUGUUAAGAAGUAUUGCUACAGUAAUGAGGGAUUCAGGAUGUCCAGUACCAGACUAUAUGUUAGAAAUGAAACGAUUGCAUAAGAACACUAGAAGAAAAUUAGAAAAACAAUCGAUUGAUAGGAAUGAAAUUAGAUCAAAACCACAUAGAUAUAAUAAGUAACUAAAAAUUUAUUACUACAAAUAACAUUUCCUCAUACCAACUGUGGAUUUCAUGCCAUAAUAUUAUGGCAUGUACAAUAUUACACAGUAAACUAGUAACACGGCUACUAGCAGGUCAAUUUUUAUUUGAUAAAACCAUAACAUGAUUGUGCGCCAAAUUAAACAUAAUAAUAUUUAAUAAAUGUACAAUUUCAUUAAUGCAAAAUUAGUCACAUACAAAAUAUAGUUCAUUCAGACGUUCACUUGCCUACUGUUUACAUACAUAUUUAUGAUUAUUUCAUAAAUUCCCUUU